ACUCACUGUUGAGCUGAGGAGCGACUCUCAGACCUCUGAUUCAGAAGAAAUAGGACAGAAGGGACCGAAUCACUCUUUUAUUUCUGUCUCCCUCCGCAGCCGGACAUGGACUUUUUGCUGGACACCUGUGGACGGCGGAGGUACCUGCUGGUGAUGCAGCUGUUUGUGUUGAAUGCUGCAGCCAACUGUCCCCAGCCCAAGCUAGGUGAAAGUAUAAUUUUGACAAAUGAAGCACUUCUAAAGAAUAACUUCCCAGAAGGCUCUCAUGCCACUUUGCAGUGUGCCAACGGAUUAGUUAAAGAAAGUGGCUCUGGGGUCAUGAACUGCACUGGUGGGAAUUGGACAGAACCAGAUCUGAAGUGUAAAAAGAAGGACUGUGGUCCCCCCAAACCUCAGCCUCACAUGAGUUUCAACAUCAGUGGUGGAACUCUGUUUGGGGCUGAAGUUAGAGUCCUUUGUGAUAAAGGAUUCCAGAUCAGUGGAGUGAGCUACAAAAAGUGCUACGCUUCUGGCUGGAUUGGAAAAGCCAAGUGUGAAAUUGUAACGUGUGAGCAACCUGCUGCAGUGGCCAACGGCAUCACCCUGUGGGAUUCUCAGGACAAUCCCGUAUAUGGAGAAAUCAUACAGUUUACCUGCAAUGAAGGAUACACCCUCGUUGGUAGCAAGAGCACCAUGUGCAGUGAAAGUGGUGAAUACGAUUCUGAGACUCCUGAAUGCAAAGGUGGCAGAGACAGUUUGACAACUGAGGAUGAAGCUGCUCCAACUAGAGCUUCAUCAACAACUUCGUCAUUUAGAGACAAACACGACGGGGGUGUGAAUACUUACACAGAUACCGGACAUACGCCUGUUAUAGUCUCUCUCGUAUGCGUUGUACUAGUUGCAGUUAUACUUGUGGCCGCUUUAUACAGGUGUUAUCUGAGGAGAAAAGGGUGAGAUUUAAUAUUUUUUUCUUAACUCCUUCAUGCAUGGGUC